UGGGGGCGCUGUUUCUUUCAUACGCAGUGGUGUAGCAGGAGACAGCGACACCACAGACCAUAGCAGGGAUUCCCAAGGCCGGUCAGGUCCUUUAAAAACACAAGUCGUCCAAGUAUUGCAGGGAGCGUAGAGAGAAUAAACACGGAACGAAACGGAGAACAAUCUCCAUCCAUCCUUUAAAGUGAUCCUGUGUACUGGGAAAGCGUCGUUAUAUUUGACCAGAUCCAGCAUUUUUCCGUGAGACCGAAACAGACACAUAGGCAGUGGAGCAAAGAAACAUUUCCAUACUCGAUGACAUUUCAUCGCAAUGUCCGAUCGUUUAGGGCAAAUUUCCAAGUCCAAGGAUGGGAAAAGCAAGUAUUCCUCGCUCAGCCUGUUUGAUAAGUACAAGGGAAAGUCAAUAGAAACUCAGAAAACUACAGUUGUUCCUCGUCAUGGCUUACAGAGUCUCGGCAAAGUUGCCACAGCCCGGCGCAUGCCGCCCCCCGCUCACCUUCCGAGCCUGAAGUCGGAAAACAAAGGAAACGAUCCCAAUGUGAUUAUCGUGCCCAAAGACGGAACAGGAUGGGCAAACAAGCAGGAACAACCAGAUCAAAAGAGUUCUACUGCAUCCACAGCACAGCCGCUGGAGUUGCUGCCUCCGCUGCCUUCUCAGAAAUCUGUCUCCAAUCUUCAGAAGCCGACUCUGCUAGUGAGCCCGGAGAACACAAGUACUGGUGGACCAAAGCAAUGGGCACAACUAAACGGAAAGGCAGUAGAACAAGAUGGUUCAAGGGUCUCAAGCCGACUGCAGCCCUUCUCUCACGAGGAGUUUCCCACGCUGAAGGCAGCUGGCGAACAGGACAAGGCGGGCAAGGAAAGAAGCGCCUUCGAUCCGUCGUAUGGGCCCGGACCAAGCCUCCGCCCCCAGAACGUGACGAGCUGGCGGGAGGGCGGAGGGAGGAACCUGCACCCCACCCCUGCGGCCGCUGCCCUCUCCUCUUCCGACCCUGAGGGCAAGAGUGCCGCCGGCCCGCCUGAGGCUUCUGCCCCGCCGCCCCCGCCCUGCGCCCCCGCCCCUGCCGUCGCCCCCGCCCCUCCCCCGCCUCCCCCCGCGGUGGAGCCCAAGGACCCCGGCCAGCGCCCCGCCCUCUCCGUGCGCCGGAGCGCCCCUUCGGUCCUGCAGUACCCCCAGCACCACCCCACCACGGUGUACCACGACAUGCUGCCCGCUUUCAUGUGUCCCAAAGAGACCCGGGAUUCGCCCCUGUCUCAGGACCACGGCCCUGCUGCUGUGGUCGCCCCGGUGCGGUUUGAAGCCCGGCCCACCUUCAGACCACCGUUCCCCGCCCCCGAAACCGUCAACGGAGAGGUGCGACGGGAGAACCGCUUCACCCGCGGCCCCCCCCGGCCCUCGUCCCGGCCCAUCCGCCGCCCCGGCGACCGCGCCCCUCGGCCCGCCAUCAUUAACCCCGAGGACCUGAAGGACCUGGACGAGCUGGACAACGACUGCGAGGACGGCUGGGCGGGUCUCCACGAGGAAGUGGACUACAGCGAGAAACUGAAGUUCAGCGAUGACGAGGAGGAGCACGCGUCUAACAAGAAGAACAAGAAAUGGGUGGAUUGGGAGCUGGAGAGGGAACGCCAGUCCUCCCUCAGUUCAGGAGAGGGGGCGUACAUCCCGGACGGCCUUGAGGACGAUGGGCACCACCGCUACCAGGAGCCGCAACCCUCGAGGAAGACCAGCGGCAGGUUCACCCCUGCGGACCACGCCCAGGCCCCGAAGGCGAGCGUGGGCGGGCUCCUUCGUGGCGAGUCGCUGGAGGAGAAGGACGAACAGCAGCAGCGGCCAGCCGCCCGGGGGAAGUUCGUGUCGCCGGAGAUCUCGGAGGCCGUGGAGCGCGCCCGCAGACGGCGGGAGGAGGAGGAGCGGCGUGCCCGCGAGGAGCGCCUGGCCGCCUGCGCCGAGAAGCUCAAGAAGCUGGACGAGAAGUUCGGCAAGAGCGAGAGACCCCUGCUCCGGACCGAGGCGGCCCCGAGGGAUACCGACGGCAAGGAGCUGCCCCCCUCCCCAGGGAAGGACUCCCCCAAACUCCACCAGGAGAGCUGGCAGUACAGUACUAAAGAGCCAGCGGAGAUGCCACCGGAGCAGUACUCUGGCCACGACUACAGAGAGGACGACUCUGGCAACUACCGCAGCGAGGAAGACGGUCCGGGGCCUGCGUCCCCAGUUCCCGACUACGGGAAGUACCCCAAAUCUCUCCCCCCUCGCUUCCAGAAGCAGCACCAGCAGGACCAGGUGUACAAGGUGCCGCAUUGGCAGCAGCCGCCGGCAGGUAACCCCACCCAGUCCACUGCGGCCCACCCCCAGCGUGGCUACUACCCACCUCAUGUGCUGGGUUUCGACCCCCGCUGGAUGAUGAUGCCCCCUUACAUGGACCCCCGCAUGACCCAGGGGCGCAGCCCUGUCGACUACUACCCCACCCCCAUCCACUCUUCAGGAAUUAUGAAGCCCACGAUGCAGCAGGAUCACCUGAACAGUCCUGGGUCCGCCUCUGACGAGGGCUGCCAUCCCAACAUGCUCCAGGAACGUCGGGCUCCUUCCACCGAGCCAUACCCUGUGUGGAGCCAGGACAGCUACCCGCCCGCCCCCUCCCGCAGCUUCACCCCACCCUACCAGAGACAGCACGAGAGCAAGGAGAUGAGCCGUUCAGACGAAAGGAGUGAGAGGGCAUGUUCUCAGCAAGACUCUUAUGAGGACCGAGGAAAGGACUUUGGUGACCUCACAGCUGAUGAGCCCCCCCACCAGGUUUACCGGCAGUCCAGGAGGCCAGACCUGGCCUUCGGGGAGCCCGGGAGGAACAUGCUGCAGGACGAGGCCUCGCCCCCCGCCGGCUCGGGCUGGUCCCAGCCCGCCGAGUGCGACUAUCCCCCCACCGACCCCAAGGAGUUUGUUCAUGGCCGGUACCACAAGGACAGUGCCGACUCUCGGGAUGAGCCAUUUGAAAGUUCCUCCAAGGAGAAGGGCUUCGACUCGGACUGCUGGAGGUCCGAAGUCCCUCUCAAGAAGGAGGGAGGGGUCCAGUCGCAGUGGUCGGACCCUGGUUCCAGCAGCAGUGUCGGCAGCCAGCCUCCCGAGUCGAGUGGGAGGACUAUGACCAGGAGGACCGGGCCCAUCAAGAAGCCGGUGCUGAAAGCCCUAAAGGUGGAGGACAAGGAGAACGAGAAGCCCAAGGCCGAGCCCGAGGGGAAGCCCGUCCCGUACCGGCUCGAGAAGGAGGUUCUCACAAACGUGUACGACUUGAAGAAGGAUGCUGGCCAGCCUUUGAGCAGCCGUCACUCUGUCGCCCCGGUUGUAGCUCCCCCCGAGGAAAAGCAUCCCCCAGUCCUGGCGAAGGUGGAGAAGACCAUCACCCCUACUGAGGACCUCCUGGAGUGCAGGGACCCGCCAGAGAGUAGGGAGCCGCCGGCCCCUCGGCGAAACAACUGGAUCUUCAUCGAUGAGGAACAGGCGUUCGGCGGAGUCAGAGGUUCGGGACGUGGCCGGGGGAGGGGCUUCCGGGAGUUCAACUCCCGUGGGGGAGGAAGGGGAGGACGCGGUGGCGAGAACCCAAGGGGAGGAUACAGCAACAAUGUUGGGGCCCAGAGGGGAGGCAGGGGUCGUGGGCUGCGGGAGUUUGGAAAGCCUGAGGAUGCAGCCCAACGAGGGAAGCCAAGGCGACGCAACGUGAGCGAGACGCUGAGCGAGACCUCCGAGUACGAGGAGCUGCCCAAGCGGCGGCGCCAGAAGGGCUCGGAGAACGGAGAGGCCGCUGGGUACCCGGAGACCACGGCUGCCAGGAAGGUGGAAAACCGGGACUCCUGGAGGUCCAACAAGGUGUACACUGACGACCAGGGCAGUGGCGGAGAGUCGCGGGACAAGUCCAAAUCCGCCAGAGGGUUUGGCCGAUCACUGCCCCCCCGCCUAACUAACAGCGGGUAUACCCGGGGUUUUGGGUCCCGCGAGAUGUCUAGCUGGAGGGGGAGGGGUGGGCAGUUUGGAAGCGGCCCGGCACAGGAGAAUGGUUACGGGCUUGGAACAGAAACCUUCCAGAGGAGGCCCCUGGAUCGCGAGCCUAUGAAGUACAGUCAGAAGUACCCUGGCUCCUUUGCAGAAAAUGGGGUGGAGGAUCGAGGCGGGGAAUCCGGAGACUACUACCUCGACAGCGACAACCCCGACAACCGGCCACUGAGGCGGCGCAGGCCCCCCCGCCAGGACAAGCCCCCGCGCUUCCGCCGUUUGCGGCAGGAGAGGGAGCCCGGCGGGCAAUGGAACGGCGAGGAGUAUGUCAACGGCGACUUUGCCAGCCACUGGGCGGCGCGACCCAAGGGCAGCGAGGAUGCCGUCCCUGGGCACCAUCCCAGAGGACGGAGCCAUCAGGACCAGGUGGAGGACUGGGAGACCGGCUCGGACAACAGCGACUUCAACGACCGGCAGGACAGGCGUGGGGGCUCUUCCCAGGCUGACAUCCCCUUGGACUCGGGGCACAACGAGCUGGGCGGUGGAGAGAAGAGGGAGCUCUCCAAGAGGAGCUUCUCCAGCCAGCGCCCUCUGGUGGACCGGCAGAACCGCAAGGGAGAUCCUGCCAUCCUGGAGGGGAGCAAGCUGAGCCGGCCUGCGGACGCAUCAACCAAGCAGUCUUCAUCUGGAAGGAGCGACGGGUGGCAGAACGGGAUGUCACCCAACGGCAAGAGGAGUCAAGAGGACACGGCUUCUGGGUUGAGCUCCAGCUCCGGGUACAGCGUGGAGCAGUCCGAGGACAGCCCGCAAACCAUCCCGGUCGAGCCCCUCGGGAAGAAGGUGGAGAAGGACCUGAGGACUGGGCCGCUGAAAGGGGACCAGGACGAGCCCCUGUCCCAGUACGACCCCAACAGCUACCCAUUGGAGGGUGAUGUGGGACCGACGGUGACCGGUCCGGAUGGCUUCCCGGAGGUGCUCUCCAAAAAGCAGCGGCGCCAGCAGGAGGACGACCGCAGGAAGAAGGAGCAGCAGGGGGCGCCAGUGCCUGUUAAGAGCAGGACGAUCGCUUCAAAAAUGCCGCCACGCUUUGCGAAGAAGCAGGGCAGCCUUUCUCUGGAGCAGCAGCAGGAGGAGGUGCUGUCAGCCAGUAACCUGGGCACUGAGAUCUGGGAGACCAACAGCUCAGCUCUCGCUGUCCAGUCAUCCGGUGGGGACUCCUGGACGAAGCCGGUAUCCUACGCUGGGGCCGAGCCCAACUCUGAGGUGUUUAAGGGGAGUCAGGUCGACAGUGGCAUUGACCUGAGCGCUGGGUCUCGGGGCUCAUCUGCAAACUCCUCGCGGAGAAGUUCUCCUUAUUGCACCCUCAAGCCAGAGGAAAUCGGCGGGUCCUCCCAGGCCAGGCCAAAUAUCGACGGCCCCAGAGACCUGCCGCCCAAGCCGAUGGAAAAGGAUUCGGAUGCCGGGCCGGAGCAGAACAAGGAGCACAAGCCGGGUCCGAUCGGCAACGAGCGCUCGCUGAAGCACCGGAAGGGCUCCGAGGGCGUGGAGCGGCUCGAGGGCUCCAUCGCGCCCGUCAACGGCGUGGACCUCCACGUGGAGAACGUCAUCCCCGUCCCGCCCAUCGAGUUCGGCGUCAGCGCCAAGGACUCGGACUUCAACGUGCCGCCGGGCUCCGCCCCCGUCCCCGUGUCGAACCCCGUCACCAAACUGCAGGACGCCCUGGCUGGGAACGCCACUCUCACUCAGGGGAUUCCCAUGCUGAGGAGAGACCACCUGCAGCCCGCCAUCAACCUGAACCCCAUGUCCUUCCCCAGCGCUGACCUUACACUGAAGUUCUCCCUGCAGAUGGAGUCUGCCCGGAAGGCAUGGGAGAACUCCCAGUCUUUGCCCGAGCAGGGCUCCCCGGGCGCCCCCGGGUCGGUGGGCCAGCCCCCCUGCAGCGUGGGCUCCUCCAGUGGGGUCAGCUACAGCUCGUUCGGGGGGGUGUCCAUGCCCCCCAUGCCCGUGGCGUCUGUGGCUCCGUCCGUCUCCAUGCAAGGUAACCACAUCCCCCCCCUGUACCUGGACGGCCACGUGUUCCCCAGCCAGCCCCGCCUGGUGCCCCCCACCCUCACCCAGCAGCAGAGCUACCAGCAGGCGGCGGCCGCGGCGCAGCAGAUCCCCAUCUCCCUGCACACCUCCCUCCAGGCGCAGGCCCAGCUCGGCCUGAGGGGGGCGCUGCCCGUGUCCCAGUCCCAGGAGCUCUUCAGCUCCAUGCCCCCCUUCAGGUCCCAGGUGUACAUGCACCCGAACCUGUCCCAGCCCAGCGCCAUGGUGCUGUCGGGGGGAGCCCCCCUGAAGGGGCCCUACUCGGCCUUCCCGGGCAUGCAGCCCUCUGACAUGGUGAAGUCGCAGUCGGGCUCACACUACCAGCCCCUGAACGGGGGCCAGCCCAUGGUGUACGACGGGCAGAUGAACCAGGGCCCCGGCAUGGGCACCUCCCAGCUCAUGGACUCCCAGCUGAUCCAGGUGACCAUGCCUCUUCCCGGCUCCCAGCUGCGGUACGGCUCAGCCCAGCAGCACCUCAUCCUGCCCCAGUCCAUCCAGCUGCAGCAGGGCCAGAGCCUGUCCGUGGGCGGCCCCCGCCGAAUGAUGCCCCCCGGGACCCAGCCCCCCAGAGAGACCUCCCAGAUGGAGAUGAAGGGCUUUCAGUUUGGGGACAAGCCCAACCAUUCGCCCGGGAUGUCGGGAGGCUCCUACAGGCCCAGUUCAGCCAGCCCCAGCGGGAAGCCCUCCUGUCCCACCACGGUGGCCACUCACCCCGGACACUACGCUCAGCAGGUGGCCCCCCCUCCCCAGGGCAGUAUGGUGAUGCACAUGCGCCCCCCCACCACUGGCCCCUUCCCCAACCCCAUCCAGCGCCCCGUCAUGCAGGUCAACAAGACCGUAAUCAUCCGCUCCCCCCCCUACCCCACCCCCGGCCGCGAGGCCCCCCCCUGCUCCUCCCCUGCCACCCCUGACUCCUGUCCCCCAGGUCCCGAGGAUGGCAUGAAGACGAAGACCCCGCGGGACGUGUGCCAGGGCCUGGGCGAAGGGAAAGGACCGUCGGGGCCAGGGGGGAUUCCCGGCAAGCUGCCCGAACUCUUCCCCCCCGGGCAGAUCAAACCACCCCGCUCCAGAGCCAUCAAGCCUCAGUCCGUCAAGAUGGAGGAGGGGCAAGCCUAGCCCCCAACCCCAGCUGCAUCCUCCAGCCCCUCCUCUCGACCCGCCCCCCCGACACCAGGCCCCUCCCAUCCGCUUUCACAGCCUUGGAAAAGGGGGGCAGGGAUAAGGAGGGGUUACACCAAACUCCAAAAUUUGGAACAACAACAACAAAAGAAAACGACAAACUGGACACUUAGUUAACACAGCAUAUAAAUAUAUAUAAAUAUAUAAAUGUAUAGGCACCAUAGGUCUGGGACACACUUCUAAGCAGAAUUUCUUCAUUUUCACCUUAUUUAUUAACACUUAUUAUCCAUGGCAAAAGAGGAAUAAUGGUUUAAAAGCGAAGUGUUAUGUUGCCCGUCUCCCCUCCCCGUCGAUGAAAAGAAAUGCGAAUAUCUGAAAUUAAUCCCCCCCCCCCCCCCCAGUACAGCCAUUAGCUCCGCCCCCAGACUUCACCGGCUGUGACGCGGCAGACAUUGAGCGAAUCGCGCAGCGGGACACGCCCCUCAGUAAACAUAUUAAACAAAUCUGCACCCUAAGGUUUUUCUCAUUUUCCUUUGCCGUUUUUGCUGGUACCUGUGGAGUUUUAACCUUUUUUUUAUAAUCUGAGCGCUGAUUCGCUUUCUUUAUUAAAAGACUCCUUUUAUUCAAUAAAAAAACCCUUCAAACCAUCUAUUUGAGGACAUCCAUUCUGUGUAAACUUGGAAAUUGAGAAACGUGGGGGUGGGGUGGGGUUUUUUUUUUUUUUGUUGGCAUUUCCCCAUUCUUUUGUAUUACAGGUGUAGAAAUGCUACUCUUGUGUGAACUGUGCUUGGAUCUCCUCAAAAGUGUCUAACUUUUUCUUUCUUUUUUUAACCCCCCCCCAGCCCCCCCUCCCUUCCCUUCCUAUGUUUUACUGUGCUGCACAAACGGGAACCGUUCUGUGAGAAAUCAUGUUUCAUCUGGAAAGCUUAUCUGGGGUUAUCUGCAGUAUGUUUUGCAUGUGAUGUAAUUAACCGCGUGUUUACUCCGACCAGAGACAAGGCUGGUAACUCUUGAGUGUUGUAUCACAGGACUGUACAUGUGUGCGGAUGGGGGUUUGCGUGAGCUGCAAACUCGAUAGAAAAAAGGCUAUUUGUCAUGAUCUGUUAUGUUUGGGAGGGAAACUGGGUGGGAUGGGAGGGGCGGGUUACGUGCGGCGGGUUAUAAUGGCUGGUUUAAAAAAAUUAAAAAAUUGUUUUGUUUUUUUUUCUUCCUUUUGGUUGUAACUCGUAACUUAAACCUGAAUUUCAUUAUAUUACAGAUAUGUUGAAGUAUAUGUUGAGCAUUUUUAUAUCCCCAACCCUCCAAAGUAUUUUUGCUUUCGUGCUGAAGGUUUUGAGUUUUAUUUUUCUUGUCCUGUCCUUCUUUUUGCUGCUUGAGUACAAUAGAAAGUGAGAGCAAGUGUAUUUGGGCAUAACUGCAUGCAGGUAUUGACAGCACUCGAAAUGGUCCCCAGAGUGACACUUGCCAUAAAUGCAGGCAAAUCUGUUCAUCUUAUUCAGGGUCCAAAUGUACACUUUUUUUUUUUUUUUGCUUUUAUUUUGCUUCUUGUUUUUAGGUUUUGAAGGCAAUAAAAUGGUUUUUAAGAAUGGGAGAUGAGGCAUUGUUAUCUUUGCUUCGUUGCUGCUAAAUUCUGCAGUUGUCUGCAGUAUCUCGGUGAGAAGAGUAGGCUGCACAUUGCAACAUAUUAAAGAAUUCAGUGAGGAGCGUAGAACACCAUUCUGUCACCUAUAGGUUUUUUUUUUUUUUCGCUGCCAACCUUCGCUCUGAAAUGUUCCCCACGUGCUCAAUUUGUGGCCGUUACGGUCGUGUACAGAACGAUCUCCAUCAAGAUCUACAGCAUCUCACUUUCUCUCAUGCCUGUAUGUAAUAUAUCAUGUGUGGUGGACGGCCAAGAAAAACAUACUUGAUUUAUAUUGUAUUUAAGUAUCACUUGAUACCGAGAUGAGAAAUAAAACGGAUAAAACAA